CGCCCACCCCCACAGCCACGAGAGUUGACAUCUGCUUGUACCAUCGGAACCAAAAGCAAAGAAACCUCGACUCGACUCGACUCUACGGACUGAAUGACAAUGGUGGUGAUCAUGAUGAUGGAUUAAAAGAUCUCCAGCUACUUUUUCGGUGUCUUUCUAUUCUACUACUACUCUUGCCCUUAAACACAGGAAUCGUCAUCCUUAAGCUCGGCUUCAUUCACUCACAAACUCAAACCAAACCUUGUCCGUCCGAUCCCGUCGUUUCCGUCGAAUCCCCUCCAAUUGCCAUCCUCCUCUUCCAUCAUCUAUCCCUCGUCUUUCUUUGUCGAUACGAUUAUUUGGGUUUGCCCAUCUUCUGGCUCUGGCUUUUGGGGCUACAACCGCGACUUUCCGCCGCCGAUAUUCCGUUCGUCUACCUUAGUUACCUUACCUGGAGCUAUCUACAUUAAUUGCCCCUCCCUCUCUCUCGCUGUCUCUCUCUUGCGCCUCGUCCACCUGAACUGGGUUGCUGCAGCUCCUUGUCCCUGUCGACAUACAUAUUUCCCCGCGCAGCGUAACUUUGCGAGCGAGUCAAAGGCCGUUUUUGUCUUCUCGGUUAACCUGAUACGUUUGUUUAACGACUCGAUUUCUUUGUUCGACAAUCUCGCCCGGAGCAAUUGCACAUCUUGGAUGCUGCCACCUUUUAUCCAUACCGUACCGUACCGUACUGUAACGUACACCCUGGUCGAAUCGGACGGACAUCGAACCAAGCAGAGAGCUCCGAAAGCAAACAUCCCUCCAUCCAAUUCAAUUCGAUUCAUCCGAACAAAGACAGUCCCUGGCCCGGUCGGAUCCACCGAAAAUCCAAUUGAACCGAAUCGAAUCUUCAACAGCAGCUACUACGGCCCUGUCCUGUCUUGUCUGCCUGUAGCCCUACUGCACUCCGUCUGCAACUGCAACUACAAGCACUGCACGAGCCAUUCGUACUACCACGCCCACGCCAAAUUACUUGUACCUACCUACCUACUAACGCACGCCCUCGUCGAUCCGGCCCCUGCUCGCGCCUUCAGGUCUCGCCUCGAUACCUAUCGACUCUCCCUCUAUAGACUUAUUUACGACCGCGACGCCCCGAAAACCAGCUUCAGCUUUAAAUCAAGCCUACAACGCAACACAACACAGCACAGCACAGCACAGCUCUCCCCCGCCGUCCCUUGUGCAGUCUCGUGCUGCCAAAAGGGAGACCCCAUCCCUGUCUCGCAGCGUCGUCCAAUCGUCGAUAAUACUUUUUGAUACUGACGUUUUUUUUCCUCUGCCGCGAUUCGACUCCGAGGCGACGAUACGUCAUGACAUACAUUGUAAGUGUACAACACAAACUUGCUCUUCUCCAAGGUCAAAUCUCCAUGUCUCUCGACUUGACUUGUCUUGUCUCGCUUUGCUUUGCUUGUCUUUACUUGACUUGGCUCUCUUGUACAACCACAUGCCAAUUCCUGCCACGUCCGACGUCGCACCCUCCACGCUCCGAGCUGCUUCCUCCGCCCUCCACGUUCCUGUUCAACCUACGCCCUGGUCAGUGAAGGCAUCACACACCAUGCACUCACUUCAGGUGGUCGAUAGCUUGUCUCAGCAGAUCCCUGCCAGCCAUGAAUGAAUGCUUUCCUCCUUGAGCCUUUGACUCUCUGCACGUCCCUAGACUAGGUCGAGCAGUCUCGCCCGCCCUGUUGGGUCCAGACAUUUCUGGUACCUUUCUUUACCAAAGAUCUCUCGCACUCACACACUCACACACACACACACACACACCUACACCUAUCAUAUAUCAUGAUUCCUUUACCAUGAUCCCAUUCCUAUUCUCGUCCAUCCAUCCAUACUCAGCAACCAUGUCUUGGCUCUCAUCGACGUUGCUUCUCGACGUCGCUUUCGACCUUCCCUUGCUUUUAUCCCCCUUGGCUUCAUCCUCACAUCCCUUCCCUUUUCACACCCUCGCUCUCGUUUCCUAGCUGCCAGUCCGUUGACGGCCCGUCUGCCGUACCUCCUAAUGGCCUCCGAGCCGCCCGCUGUCUGUCUGACAUGCACUCUCGCUUUCACUUUCACCCUCACACACACCUUGUCCUGGUCUGCUAUGUCUUGCUCACUACUGCGACCUUCAUGGCCCGACCCCUUUGAUGGUCACUGAGGGUCUACCAGCCUCAUGUACUGUCUGCUUCGAGGAUGGUGCAGAUCCUGCCGAUAACAGACCACGAUCCAGCGCGCAUGCAUCGUCGACUGCUCUCAACGACGCAUUAAAGAACCUCGACCUAUCUAGGAGCGCUUCAAUGCCAGCCUCCGAACAAGAUGCCCAGGCGCAACGUGCAGCGCUGUUGCGAAACUCUAGCAACUCUGGCGCAACACCCACUGCUAUCGAUACUCCUCCUGAAAGUCCACGACCGGCCCCUCCUCAUCCUCGGCGCGAUUCGAGUUUUCGAAGAACCUAUGAUGAGACUGUGACAAAGAAACAAGGCCCUUGCGAUAACUGCGCGAUGACCUUGCCGCGACAGCAAGCAGGAUCAAGUAGUGUUCAUUUCGCAAACAAUACUCGUGGACCAACAUUGCGUACCCGUGCGCCAGCAGAACGGGUUUUCGGCGCAGGAGGUCAGGCAUCGCCUCCCAACUCCCAGACCUCGAGUGAUACCGAUGGAGAGCGGGAUGAGGACCCUCGGGCUCGGCAAAGAAUAACACCCUCGGUCAGCUCGCGCAAUACCUCGCGAUCAAGCAAGAGUGGUGGUACAGGCAAUUCGACCGCAGCAGAACGGACACCUUUCCAUGUUCACUACGUCGACUAUACAUCUACACACGAUCCGGUCCUACCCGACUCUUUCUCUCUUAUUCGAGCAUCUUGCUUGCGCACUUUAUCCUUCGAGACGUUACCCCGGGCUCCAUCUACCGCAAACCCCACUUCACCCGUUGCGACCUCUUCUCCGGCCUUUGUAACUACACAAAGUGCCGGCUCGGCUGUCACAGGCGGCCCCAUCUUUUUCGGCGACGCCCUCGCCGGUUACACGACGGCUUAUAUCUUCCGUAUUCCUGAUGUACACGCACGGGGUCAUAAGCGAGUGUAUGCCUUCUUGGCGCUUAGUACUCACCGAGAGCGACUGGCCAUGAAGACGUUUGCCGUGGUCUCGACCGCUUUUCGCGAGCUCGCUACAUGGAUCCAGCAACUAGCUGAAGCCGAGGCCGAGCGAGCGGCCGAGAACUCUCCUAUUGGUAGCAGCAUCUACGGGGGUGGCUAUGCACCACCGCCACCAACCGUCGAAUCCUCCGGGGGCCCUGAUCGCAAUGGAAGCAGCUUUCUGACAGGUGGUAGCGGGUUCGCCCGACGGAUGGGUGGCGGCCCUGGUGCUUCAGCCCCAAAAGCCCGUGGUCUAGCGGAGAUUGUUGGACAGCCUGAUAUCUUUAUCGAGCUGCACCGGCGUUUCGUCCACCUUCUCUUUGAAGUUGGUGUUACCUUGAGCUCGUAAUGAGCUGUUUAUGCCUAAUGGCAUGCUCUAUACGUUUUGCUGCUUCGGCAUACCCACGGCAAUCCCCCAGGAUCAGGAUGACUUUUUCUACCCUGCCCCGCCGGGAUAAUCUGGUCGCCGCAGAUAUACCCCAGCCUUACCAAUGCUACUCUCCACGCCCAACCCAAUGAUGCUGAACCGGUCAAAAUCCGAUUCGUCCUUAUUGGCUCGGCGCUCUCUUGUCCUUUUGGAGCAACAAGCGAUGUAUGAUUUUACAUCCAAGCAUACUUAUCCGAGAGUCAUGGUAAUGGUAAUGGUAAUGGCUAAUGGUUAAUACCUCAAUGAGGCAACGAUCUCGAUCUCGAUCGAAAGCUGCAGUCACUCAAGACCUACUGGUCUUUUCUCUAUUUCCUUUUCACAAUGCUCGAGGAUUCUUGGCAAUGCUGCUUACACCUUUCCGCAAGACCGGGGAGUUAUACCCAGCGGCCAACUUGCCAAGAGCCUCGUGUAACUAUAUUCUUACAUGUAUCGCCUUUGGAAGGACUUUACGGCGUUCUCAUUCGGCAUAUUUUGCACGAGGCAUUUGAUUCCCAUUUGGCUUUUUGUAGCGUGUUUGUUAUCUACUUUUGUGCGCAGAGAACUCGUCAGGACGGGAACUCAAGGAAGCGGGCGAAACAAAAUAGACGGAUGGCGAGUUGAGGGAAACAAAACCGACAAGAUGGACGGAAUAAUGGAGUUUGUGGCGAAGUAACUGUAUUUUACAAUUCUUUACCUGUUAUCACUUGUCAGCGAGACAAACAGCCAGGAGUUGGAACGGGUUUAUUGAUAGACUUGUACGGAACAUAGACAGGGAAUUAUUAUGAAUGGAAAACUACGGUAACUCACGAACUUUGAACUUGAACAUACCCCG